CGUAUAUGUACCAAGCAAGUGAUCAGUGAGACAACAAUGGCUACACUUACAUUAUUUCUAGUGCUAUGCGCGGCUGUUGCUACAAGUGCCAUAUCAUUAAAUUCAACUAAUGUUGGUGCUGGUUGUACAAUCUCAAAGAUAGGAGAAGUGGAUAACGUUGUGAAAAAUUGUAAAAACAUAGUUAUAAAUAACCUUUCAGUACCUGGCGGCAAAACCUUGAAGCUUGACCUUCACCCUGGAACAACUUUGAAAUUUCAAGGCACCACUACUUUCCAACACACUAACUGGGAGGGUCCAUUGAUUUCAAUUUCUGGUAGCAACCUCCACGUUUCUGGAUCUGGAGCAGUUCUAGAUGGUCUCGGUUCUAAAUAUUGGGAUGGAAAAGGAGACAAAGGUGCUAAAAAACCUAAAUUCUUUAAAAUUAGGGAGACUACUGGAUCUACAUUUGAUAGUAUUCAUCUUCUUAAUUGUCCUCACCAGUGCGUAUCGAUUCAAAAUUCUAAGAAAACUACACUUAACAAUUGGAAUAUAGAUGUCGCUGCUGGAGACAUAAACAGUCUAGGACACAACACAGAUGGUUUUGACCUAUGUGAGAAUGAAGAGAUCACCAUCCAAAACUCUAUUGUUCAUAAUCAAGACGAUUGCGUUGCUGUCAAUUCUGGUAAACAUUAUCACUUCAAUAAACUGACAUGUGUAGGAGGCCAUGGACUAAGUUUAUCAGUAGGAACAAGUACCACUGACCCUUCUAAAAACUAUGCCGAGGAUAUAAAUUUCUCAGACUGUUCAGUAAGUAAUUCUCGAAACGGUAUUCAUAUCAAAACACACACCGAUGGUGCCAAUGGACACAUCAGAGGGGUCACAUACAAAAACAUUAAGCUUUCGGGAAUAACUCAUUACGGAAUCAAUGUACAACAAGAUUACAAUGGAGGUGGUUCUUCAGGAUACGCAACAAGCAAUAUUCAAAUUAAUGGUUUGCAUCUUCAGAGUGUCACUGGAUCUUUAAAAUCAGGUAAGGCUGUCUAUAUUCUAUGCGGAAAUAAGGCUUGUUCAAACUUUAAUUGGUCCGGUAUCUCAAUAUAUGGAGGAAACGAGAAGAACGGCUGUAAUUACCAUCCCAAUGGAUUUAGUUGUUAAUUAAAAAUAAUUCUUUGAUAUAAUAUUUAUAUUUAUGAGCUAAUAAAGAGUUAUAUAAAUA